CGACGCGCCGGCGGCUGGCGCAGCCCUUCGUUCGCCCGGCCUCCCCCUCCCUGGUUCCGCUCUCUGGUUCCGCCAUGGAAUCUAACAAGGAUGAAGCCGAGCGCUGUAUUAGCAUCGCCCUCAAGGCCAUCCAGAGCAACCAGCCCGAGCGGGCGCUCCGCUUCUUGGAGAAGGCGCAGCGGCUGUACCCGACGCCACGAGUUCGCGCCCUGAUCGAGUCACUCAACCAGAAACCACAGUCUGCCGGUGACCAGCCCCAACACACAGACACAACCCGUGCAACCCAUAGGAAAGCCAGUGGAGCCGACACCCCUGCUGCUAACGGUGAAGCUGGAGGAGGAGAGAGCACCAAAGGCUACACUGCGGAACAAGUAGCGGCCGUGAAAAGGGUCAAGCAGUGUAAAGAUUACUACGAGAUCCUGGGGGUGAGCAGAGGGGCCUCAGAUGAGGACCUGAAGAAGGCCUACCGCAAACUGGCCCUCAAAUUCCACCCGGACAAGAACCACGCACCUGGCGCCACUGAAGCUUUCAAAGCCAUUGGCACAGCGUAUGCGGUACUUAGCAAUCCAGAGAAAAGGAAGCAGUAUGACCAGUUCGGUGAUGACAAGAGCCAGGCAGCCCGGCAUGGCCAUGGGCAUGGGGACUUCCACCGUGGCUUUGAGGCUGACAUCUCCCCUGAAGACCUCUUCAACAUGUUUUUUGGCGGUGGCUUCCCAUCUAGUAAUGUCCAUGUCUACAGCAACGGCCGCAUGCGCUAUACCUACCAGCAAAGGCAGGACCGCAGGGAGAACCAGGGUGACGGCGGGCUUGGGGUGUUUGUCCAGCUGAUGCCCAUUCUCAUCCUGAUCCUCGUGUCAGCUCUCAGCCAGCUCAUGGUCUCCAGUCCACCCUACAGUCUGAGCCCAAGGCCGUCGGUGGGCCACAUCCACAAGCGAGUCACUGACCACCUGAAGGUCAUCUACUACGUGGCAGACACCUUCUCUGAGGAGUACACAGGCUCCAGCCUCAAGACAGUAGAACGGAACGUGGAAGAUGAUUAUAUCGCCAACCUCCGAAACAACUGCUGGAAGGAGAAGCAGCAGAAGGAAGGCUUGCUGUACCGGGCCCGAUACUUCGGCGACACAGAUAUGUACCACAAAGCACAGAAGAUGGGUACCCCAAGCUGUAACCGACUAUCAGAGGUGCAGGCCUCCCUACAUGGAUAGUCCUGGGCCAGCCACGCCACUGAGGUCCAAACCAUGAAAUCCCUGGAGAAUUUUUGGUGACAUGCACUGAGCCAAGGUGAUGGACUGUAUGUUUAAGGAAAGACAUAAAAAGAAAAAAAUUAAAAUGGAAUUGGAGGCCGAACAUCACACAACUGCCCUCUCUCUCACCCAGUAAAUGCAGAAAGCUCUUAGGACAGACAGGAAAACCUGCCCCAGGGCUGCUUCCCUUCCUCCUGGGGCUGGCAGAGGCUCCGGCUUCACACUGGCUCUCUCCUAGGAUACGGAAACCAUGGCAACGAAAGUAGAAUGUAAAACUUGCAGCAAAUGUCUGUGGGAAGGGCUGGGGGAGGGGGUGCCCGACUGCCUUUCUUCCCCCUCCCAGGAGUCACCACGGGUCACCUCUCAGUGGAAGCCAGUCAGAGGCGUUGGCCAAGGAUAGAGAGGAGGAAAGAGAACUCUCCGUAGAAUGUAAUCCAUAGAUGCGUGUAUAUGUAUAUAUAUAUCUAUUUAUAUGUAAAUAGCAUAUAUGAAGAUAUAUAUAUAUAUAGUCUACUUUUUAAACUAUGCAGGGGUUUGGUUAAGUUGUUUAGCUGAUUUCUUCCCUGUUUUAGAGAACAAGGCCUGUUUGGGGAAGGCAAUCUAGCCCUUCAAAGGCGAGACAUUAGCCGUAGCUGACCGUGUGAGGCAAGUCGGGGCAUAGCUUUUAAUGUUCCCCUCAACCCCAGCCUGUUUUUGACGGCAGCAGUAAUCAUGAUAGUAUAAAUCUGUGGAAAACUUCUGAUCGAGUUACCAGGUUUAUGGUUGAGCUGGAGGGGAGCAGGCUGUGGGGGGAGAAAGUGCCCCAGGGCCAGAUGCCGGGUCAGUACUGAGUCAUGGCAGAGGCCGCAGACAGCCUGUGGGGGUAAGACCACCCACCUCAAGCUUUGCCCAACUCAGGUGGGCUCUUUUUCCUGGUGCCCAGGAGCCCCCUGACCCCCUGCCACAAAGAACAGCAGGGUUGGAGAGGGAGGCCAGCCCUUAGUCCCUAAGUGGGUUUUGCCUUAUAGGUGCCACAGGGCACAGCUCCAUUGUUGCCACUGGUUUUUCCUAAGUCGUGCACCAAGGACUCUAGAAGGCUCUUCCUCCAAGAGUCAGCCAGGUGGUGCCCAGGCCCCCAGGGCAGCAGCCAGCUCCUGAAGGAAGUCCGUGCCUGUGGGCACCUCUGUCUCCACCCUCCACGGCCGCGUCGCCACCCAGCCUUCUCUUGCAUUUGGACACAGGAUGCGCCUGAAGCAGAAGGGUUUUCUCAUCCUCACCUUCAAAGGAGGACUUUGCUCAGAACAGCAGUUGCUGCCAGGAGAGGGGAGGGAGGUUUAUUUAUUCCCACAGUUUAUACUGAGCCUUUUGGAAUUACCGUCUUUCCCAAAUUUUCCUCUGGCAGUGGGUGUCAUUGAGCCCAUCACCUUCCAAAGCCUUACUUCCCCAAGCUGCCAGCUGGGGGCUGAUCACCAUCCUCCUGAAGUCUCUCUUGGCUCUUUUUUUUAAAGUCCCCCAACAAAUAGGAUUCUUGCUAGGAAGGAAAGCUUGGUAAAGAAACGUCACAUCUGGUUUUUGAACAAGGUCCUGCCCUGUGAUGAAGCGGCCACCCCAUCCCAGAGAGAUGACAAGAACUGGACGUGGGCAAGAGUGCCCCACCUGCGGUGGCCCUGGUGCUCUGCCCCCACCACCCCGACCGUCUGGUCUCAGUAGAUGUCCUUAGACGGGCUGAGCCAUGUGCAAUAAGAACAUAGAUCCUAAGGGAUCCCCUGAGAAGCUGUAUUUCUUGAAUUAGAAUUCUGAAAUUGUACAUCUAUAAAUAUAUGUUUAUUAUGUGAUUGGC